UCCUUCCCUACCAAUCUCUCUUCUUCUUCUGGUACCGAUGGUGGUUUGAUUGAUCUCAUCCUCUCCACCACCACCGCCGCCGCCGCUGCACGCCAUCCCAAACCUCCGGCCACCGGAGACUCGACUGGAUCGAGCGGAGAUCUUCGCGUCCUUCUCGGUUUGUGGGUAUGUCUGAUAACGAGAAAGACGUGGCGGAGGGAGCCACCUCCCGAGGUGCGGAUUGGGAAGUGGUGACUCUGACAGCAUCUGCCUACGCCGCAGCGCCAGGGCCUGGUGGAACGGAAGGCGGUCCUGCAGCAGAGAGCAAAGGCCUUGAUACAAGCAAGGACGGGCGAGGUUCAUCCAAUGCGCUGCUCAUGUCUGACCACUUUGUGUUUCCCCCAAGUGAGCAUGAAAAUCUGCCAAUAGAAACCGCCAUCAAGGAGAUCGCUCCUGAGAAGGAUGUCCAGGAAGAGAGUACCAGCGUGGAAGAUGAUAGCUUUAAGAAUGUGGGCAGGAGCUAUGAUGUUGGAUCUGAGAGAAUCCAGUACUACGAUGAGGGGAAAAACCUCUCGGUUGACGAGGCAGAGUUGAAGGGCGAUAUAGCUGAGCAGGGCUCAUUCCACGCUGAAGAUGACAGGCAUGGUUCUGUUGUUCAUGAUGAUGACAAUGAUGAUGGUGACAAAUCUGACAAGCCUUCAGACAGCAAGAGCCGAGACUCUGGUCCCCCUUGCCAAUGCUGGUUGAAAAAGCAUAUGUCAUGCUUGUAUGAUCAAGCUAAGGAAACAAAUGCUCUCUGGUCUGUGGUGGUUGCGGCUGCCCUGGUUGGCCUUGUAAUUUUGUGGCGCAAAGACAAAUUGCACCUCAACUGUCUUAAAUGGCGUUCUCGCUCAGCAGUGAGAUGAUGAUCCCCUGGGCCGAUGGGUUUGUUUGUGGUCGUCUUCAAUGAUACAACUUCUGAUGAGUCAUCACAGGUCACUGGAGUUAUAACCAAGAAGAUGGCCAUGGCAAUAUGAUUGUGACAAUGACAGAAAAUGAUAUAUCUAGUGUAAUAAUAUGAAGUUUUACAGGGAUUUGCUUGUGGCCAACAUUGAGUGCCUUGCUGGCUUUUGAGAUGCCAAAGUUUCUUGCACUGUUCACUUCAUCAUGCCUUUGCACUCUUGAUAUCGCGUCCUCUUUUAAGUUUCUACAUUUUGACAAAUGGAUGUCCGAACGUGCAUCUGCAUACUGUGAAAUCCUGUUGUUGUGCCUUGAGUGAAACCUGGGAGUAAAUUUGGUUGAUAUUUUACUUUGUAUUUGUACUUUGAGAAUCAUUAUGUUGCUAGCAAUAUCAUGAUUCUUUUAAUU